CCCUCGCCUCGCCAUUUCAUUUUCUUUUCGUUACUCGGCUUUUGUUGAAGAAUAUUGUAGUUGAGGAAAACAUUGUGACGGGUAUUGAUUCCGUAACCUGUUUAAUAACAAGCGCUUUUUCUCAUGUACCAUGCUAAGUUCUUUCAAUUGACGAGUCAUAUUUAUUAUAGCUAUUCUAGUAGUUGUUGAUACAAGAUGGCAAGUGAAGAUGUGAUAGAAUUGGGGUCUUCGGACGAUGAAACAGAGCCGGCACCAAAGAAGAUCAAGCCAAUGCCUAAUGCAAUGGUGUGCAUUCCAAGAAAGUUACACGAAGUAACAAUAAAACCUGCCAAACUAAACAUAGGUUCGGCACAGAAAGAAGGUAAAGUAUCAAAAGGUGGACCAACUUCAAAAGAAACCACAGUUUUGAAAAAUAUUACUUUACCUAAGGGAGUAUCUCUUACUAAAGCUAUUCCAAUAAAACCUGCAAACACGACAAACAAUCGACCUGCAGUUCAAAUGGUACCUGUAGCCAAGAAAAAAGUUACACAAAAGGCCUCCAGUUUGGUGACAAAUCCUUUUGCUAGCAAAACUAAGAGCAACGGCAAGGCAACUCAAAAUCGUGUUGUUAAACAAAAUUUGAAAGCAACAAAACCAGUGACAAGACCUAUAAAUGUACAAAAUUUUCCAAGAAUCACAAGUACUACUUCAAUGGCAAGAACUGCCACAGUGAUGAAAAAUCCAAUCAAAAUACUAAACUCUAAUUCCCUUAAUAAUUUGCCAUCUGGUAUAACAGUAAAGAGAACAACCAUGUUAAACAAAAAACCAGUUAUAUUCUUAAAAGCACCAACUUUAAUUCAAAACAAACAAGCAGUAAAGAAACCCAAUGUGAUGCAAAUAAUCACAGUUCCUACAGUGGAGUUAGAUGAUGAUGAUAGUGCAUCUACUACUUCAAGUCCUGCUUGGUACAUAAGGCCUGAAGAGCAAACGGAAGAAACUACAUUGGAAGAAGAGAAUAAUGCAGAACCAGAAACCCCUAAAAUGAUUGAAAUUACAAUUGAAGACAGUCCCAUAAAACCAUUUAAUAAAAGAAAUUGUGAGAUUGGAGCUGAGCUGGCCAUAACUAUAGAUGAUAGUCCCAUUAAGGCCAUAGAAAAGAAUGCGUCACCCAGUGGAAGCGACAAUGAAACAAGUACUAGUAAAGAACCUAACAGUAGGAAAAAGUUGAAUUAUCCCAAAGAGUCUGAAAGUGAUAGCAGGAAAACUGUUGAGAUAGAAAUAGAUUUUCCGUAUGAAGUAAGUCUAGACACAAGUUCAAUCAGAAGUCAAAAUAGUGAUCAACAAGAAACUGUUGUUGUUGUUGAGGCAUCAACAGAAUCAAAUCAGCAACAUUCAGGCAAAAGUGAAAAAUAUAUAGAAAAGGAAACCAAUUGCGUAGCCAUUAAAGAAAACAAAAACGAGAAUCCAAGUACCAGUAGUAUUAGUAGCAAGACUAGAACAGAGAGUGAAUUCCACUCUGUGUAUCAAAGUUUCAUAGACCUAUGUUUUCAAUUAGAAAAUUCUGAUGAUAUGAAGAAAAUAGUUGACAAGAAAAUAAAAGCCUAUUACAGACAAGUUCCAAAAUCAUUCACAGAAUCUGAGGAGUUUAUUGAUAUGGUUUCAAGUAAAGUACUUGCCAUGAAGGCUAGUCCUGACAAGAUGUAUUUGUAUAUAAAAGAUAUUGUUGAUGAAUUAAACAUGCAAAGAAAGGUAACUAAAUCACAAGCGGCAGAAAAGGAGACAAUAACUGAAGAGCCUAAGCAGUUUGAGUUUAAAGAGGAGAAUGAAUACGACUCGAGACGCCGGCGUCAGAUCCGAAAGCUAGAGAAGACCAUAAAGAAACUGCACAGAGCUAUACAAAAACUAGAGGAACAGGAGGUUGACUUUGAGGAUGAGGAUGAUUCUGUUUAUCUAUUAACUGAACGGUACAAAGAACGUAUGAUGCGCGUCUAUGCGAAAUUUUGUCAGUUGACAAAUACUAAAAUGCCUUCGGAGCCUCGACUUCAGAUUGACGCGCGGCCAGGUAGACCCUCAGGGCCGGCCAAACGUCUUGAGAAGUGGAUAAACAAAAAGGUCCCGAUUGGCACACCGCUGCCGUUCCCGGAUUUCCAUGACGUACUCCGUUGCGUUAGAGAAGCAAACACUGAAGAUAAGUUAGACUGGAAUGAGGCUGAUAUUAUGGAAGAAGCCCGGGAUUUAUUUACGAGAUGCGGUAAAAAGCUGCAACGGCGCCGACAGGAGAAUGAGUGGAGACUGGCAGCUUCAAGAAUUACCUUAGACGUAGACCCCGCGGAAAAUAACGACCAGCUGAAAAACAAACUUGAAGAAAAUAAAAGACUAGCAGCAAAGAGAGAGACUGAUAUAUUUAAUAAGUAUGCAGACAGACAGAACCAGCUGAAGUUAGAAGCUGUAGAGAUAGGCGACAAGGAAGCAGAGGAAUCACCAGUUGAAAGUGAAGAAGAAGUUAAUGAUGAAACUGUUUCAUUAGAAAAUAAAGGUAAAAGAAAGGAAAGACUGAAAAGACUCAUACAAGAAAUAUCGAAAGGGAGUAGUGAAGAAAAAAAUAAUGAAACAUCGAAGGAACCUGAAAUUGAAGCAAGUUCCAAAAAACCUGAAGAUGAUAAUGUAGAUGAAAACAAAAUAGAAACAAAUGAAGAAACAAAAACAGAAGAUAAAGAAAGUAAAGGAGAUUCAGGCGAUACAAUAGAGAACAACCAGGACAAGGAAAAUUCUCAUAAUGCUACUGAAACUCUAUCAGUAAGUGAUGAAAGUGACAAUCUAGAAUCAGAUGUAGAUGAGUUGCAUCUUUUGCAAAAACUCCAUUCAGCUAAUGAAGAUGAAUCUUCAACACUUGAGUCUUCAAACUCUGAUAGUCCAAUAGCAAUUUCCGAUUCACUUGACUCCGACAGUGACGAUAAAAAGCAGCUAAGUGAUGUCAUUAGUAUUGAAAAUUCAAGCUUUUCAGAAAGUGAGGCUGAUAAAGGUGAUAGUAAAAAACUUCAAGAAUCGGACAGUGUUCAGCCAGUAGAUGCAGACGGUCCACCCAAACAAACUGAAACAUGCAUUGUGGGCAUCGAAACAGACAGUCCGAAAGACGUUGAAACAUCUCUAAAGGAAGAUGACAAAGAGAGUUGUGACCCUAACAUGAUAAAUACUCUUGAAUGUAAAGAGUCUGAAAAUAUAUUACUUGCAUCAUCAGACGAAGAAAGUCAAGGGGAGGAGCCUUCUCCUGGUGGUGUCUGCAUUAAUCUAAAAGACGAUCUCAUUUCAAUCGACGAAACAGUUGUUGGAACUGGUCUUGAUGAAACAAUUAAAGAAUCUGAAAGUGCAGCCAAUGGAAUCAUUUCUGAAAAAGAUACAGAAAAAGAUAGUAUAAAUGAUGUAAAUGCUAAUAAUCAUCUGAAAGGUGACAAUGAAGUGAAAGAAAAUGUCAAUAACAAUGAGGCAAUUGAUUCAUCUCUUAGCAAAGAACCUAGUGCAUCACAUGAAGAAUCGUCACAGAAAGAUAUAUCAAAAUCAGUCGACACAGUAACAUAUAUGGAUGUUGAUCCCACAGACAAAGAAUUGGAAACAAUUCGAUUACAAGAAAUUAUUCAAUCAACAUCAUCUUUAUAAACUCAGUAGCCCAAAUUUGUGUUAAAAAUGACUGAUAUUAAGUUAUAUUAAAAUACGAUAUUUAAUGAGAUAGAUGAUAAUAUUUGUAUGAGUACAUAGUACGCCCUAGUAAUUGGUAUAUGAUGCAGGUAAUACUGUCAAACUGCAAUUUUUUAACUAAUUGGUUGUAAAUAAAAUAGCUAUCCCUUAUUAUCACCUAAUUUUAAAUACUACAUAAAUGUAUAAAUGCUACCUAUGUGUAGGUAACCUGAUCUGAAUUGAUAUACAUACAUCUCUAAAUUCUUUGGAAGCCAAUAGCCGUACAUAGUGUAUUUGAGAUACACUGUUUAUGUAUUAUAGAUUUAUAAAUAACCGCAUUUACUUCCUUAGAGUGCUUCAAAUUACGUCAGUACUGGCUUGAUUCUUCAUUUUAUAAAUAAUUUUAUUUUAGCAUUAAAUAUUGUUUUUCUCAGUAAGUAAUCUUUAAGUAUGAUUAAUAAGCAAUUUGAUCACAAGGAUAUAAAGUAAUAAAUGAUCUUACAGAAGAAUA